GGAAAUGCUUGGCCUUGCUGACACAACACUAUUGUACUCGUCUCUCCACAACAACGGUCAGACCAGAGCAUUAAUUCCGAUGGUGGCCAUGAAAGCUUAUGAAAACUAAAGCUCUGUUACCAGGCUUCUGGACCCAAAAGGAACGUGUACGAGAAGCAAGAAUAGGUGGGAUCAUAGCGGUAGAGAUCCACGGAUUAGAAGAAGAGAUAUCUACUGGCAAUGUCUGGUAGGCUGAAUCUACGAAGCAGUAACGGGAGUCGCAGUUCCAAAUCCAAAGCCUCCGCCGCCGCCAAAUCUGCAAUGGUCGCACCGCAGCACGAAGGCGGCGACUGCGAGUCAGGAUCGGAAUGCAGCACCUGCAGUCCUUCACCGUCGUAUUCCGCCAGCGAUCCUGCGUGUGCCAGCGACUGCGAGUCGACAGAAUCUGGCCUUUCGAAGAAUAAGCAGAAGAAGACCCGAGGCAGAGUCAAGAUUGGCAUAAAGCUGAUAGAUCAGAAGCAGAAGCGCAAUGCCACCUUCCACAAGAGGAAGACUGGUCUGAUGAAAAAGGGAUUCGAACUCAGCGCGCUGACUGGAGCAGAAGUGCUGGUUCUUGUUGCUUGGCAUGACUCUGUGUUCUCGUACGGCACAGACCGUCUUCGCCGCGUGUUGACAUCGACCACCGGUCAGUCUCUCAUACAGCAGUGUUUGCAGAUGCCCGAGCGAGAUCGGACGGGUAGUAACAGCGGCAUGCGCUGGAGCUCCAAGGACUUCAUCCGCAGAGACCUCAACAUGCGUCUCUCUGCUUGCCGGCCCAAAUCCGCUGAUUCCACCGUUGAGGAUUCCCUCCUGCAGCAAUCUGCGGACUCGGGAUCGACGUGCUCCGACACUCCGCUGCCAAACUCCGGCCUCACCACCGGCGGCCCGUCCAACUGGAUACACAUGACGUCGGGCGGCAACAGAGGUAACAGCGGCGGUCCUGGCCUCGGCCAGCAGGCGUCGGAAUCUUCGCCACACUGGUCCACCAGCAGCGGUGGAGGCGCUGGGGGUGGCGGCAAUGGGAGCACUGGCAGCACUGCCACUGGCUCGGCAACGUCCGCCGCUGCUGCGGCUGCUGCCAUGGCAGCCACUGCUUGGCAACCAAUGACGCCCAGUAACAUUGGCUGGCAAGGGCCGUCGACCAACUACCAGUUCUCCGACUCCUCGCCUAGCUAUCAGUCGGCAGCCUCCCUGUCCUCACCCCCGGCCAUGUCGGGCAGCCAGCCAAUCAACUGCUCGUAUUCGCCGCUGUACGGCACCGCAGCCUCGGGCGGUGGCGGCAGCUUCCCCGCGAUGAACCAGCAGAGCGACUCUGCCAGCACGGACAGCGGCACUGGCAGCUGUGGCACCAGCGUGGGUGCCGGCAACCAGUUCCCGAUGUCCUUUGACCUGCUCUCACCCCCGGACAGCGGCAGGACGGCGUCGCGGACAAGCGUCGCCACCCGCUCCACCAUGCUGCACCAGCCGCAGCUGAAGACGGUCGACUCGCCCACGCAGGCGAGCAGCUACUACCUGCCGAUGACACCGCAGCGUGGCGGCACCGGCUCUGGCAUGGUGCCCUCGCACACCAUGAUGGGCGGCACGGACAAGCUGGGAGGUUCCUACGGCGCCGGGACUGGCACCGGUGGUGGUGGUGGUGGUGCCACGGGUAGCGUUGUCGGCAGCGGCGGUGGAAUCUCCUCGCAGCUCUUCCAGCCUGGCAACAUGCCGUUUGCGGGCGGUGCGUCCCACCUGCCGCCGCUCUCGCUGUCCUACCUGCCCCCCGGCAACAUGUACACCACAUCGCAGGCCGGCAACACCAUGGCCUCGGGCGGUGGCUUUGCCGCGACAACCUCUGUCUCGGCCGACACCAUCUCCGGUGGCGCGUCCAAAGCCACCGGCAUCAUCGGCAACACCGCCGCGGCCCAUGGCCACUUGACCAGAGGCAGCUGGUCAUCAUCGGCGGCGAGCGUGUCGCCCAUGACAACGGCUGCUGGCCAGGUCGGCGGCGCGUCCGUGGACCACCUCGGCCAGCGGUCCACGUCGGCAAAGGUCGGUACUGGGCACUCGUACCUGCCCAACAUGACCAUGCCACUCUCGCCCACACUGGACGUCGAGUCCACUCCCAUGCAGAUGACCACAGGACAGAGAAGCACUGGUCCCAGCCCUUACGCAAGUUUCCCCACAACCGGUCUGACUGGUCUGGGAUCCACUGCUACCACACAAGUUGGCGGUGCUGUAAGCGGACUCUCACUCCAGCAAACUCGCUCCUUCUAAUUGCAUGCAUGGCCGACUGUGCCUGCAUGUGGAGCCGAUACUGAGGAUUGCGACGCACCACAACAAGCGUCCGCAGACACCCUUUCGUCCUAUUCCUCAGUGCCUUGCAUGCCUGCUGGCAGCCCCCCCCCCCCAGGUUAUUUGACAGUCACAUUCACAGGCGUGUCUGUCUGUAUCUGUGUGUCUGUCUGUCUGUAUUCAUGUGUGUGUGUGUGUGUGUGUGUGUGUGUGUGUGUGUGUGUGUGUGUGUGUGUAUCCGUGUGUAUCCGUGUGUAUCUGUGUGUAUCUGUGUGCAUCGGCCAGCCUGCCCGUUUGUCUGUGUGCACGCGCGUGUGUAUGCAUGUGUCGAACUAUCUGUCUGUCUGUCAGUAUGUGUCAUGAUCCAACUGUGUAUGUAUUAUAUGAAUUUUAUGUCUAUAUGUCUAUCUGUAUGUCUAUCUGUAUGCAUGUAGAAAUGUGUGCACGUGUCUUACAAGAUGUCAGUACUCUACUAUGUAUCGAAUUUGACUGACCUACCGACAUUUGAAGUUUGUCCUGGGUUCGCAUACCCCACCACUGAUUCAAUACCCCCAACACACGCCCGUGUACUACAUCCUCCACACUCACGCGUCCGCCUCCCGUACUCAUGCAAUCCCAACUGCACAGUCAGGCACCCGCUGCCGCUUGCAUGCAAUCCCAACCCCUAUACUCCUGCUACCAUUCCCCAUGUGCAUGCAUCCAGUACGGUUCUUGUCACUCCCUCCUGUGGUGUUCCCACCACCAACAAACGUCCUUUUAUUUACAUAUCACUCGGUUCUUUAUUCUCAAUCUUUAUUGGAAAGUCUGUUUGUCUAGGCGUUCUCUACAAGUACCUUGAUUGAAUUGAAGCCUUUUUUUACUGAUUUUAUCAACAUUUUUGUGACUGGGCGCUUUCCAGCAUAAAUUUCAAUCCCCAAACUCUUGAGAAUGGGUGAUCAUAUUGUCUAGCGUGACCGGUCAGUUUUGAAUGGGACAGAGAGACCCACGCACGCACACAUGCACACAUACUACGUCCACUGUCCCAGUUCCUCCUCCCUGCUCUUUCCUCUGGCUCUUUCAACCUCGUCGCCCGCUCUUUCUCUCUCGCUCCCUCUCUCUAACGAAUAUGUUCUGUUGUUAUUUUCUCUGCCUCACCUGGUGUUUAUUAUUUCGUUAUCUAUCGUCGCAAACCGUUGCUAGGCUUUACCGCACCAGAGAAUCUGUCAAACCUUUAGUUAGUCUCAGUCAAAACAAAUCAGUAUUAUCGCCUUGAAUCUCCUCCUCUCUCUCCUUGAUUGAACCUACCUGUGACCCGAGACCGUUUUUUUCCUUUUUCCUGUUCAUGUUUCCCAGAUAUGUGGGACCAUCAGACAUUCUUUUUGUAUCAACGUUUUUUUUUAUCAUUCCUUGCUUGCCAGCACUUCAGAA